ACUGAAAGCUAUUGCAUUGGGCAUUGGGGCAUUGUGAAAUUUUGGCAGUUUUGGCUUUUUGGGCUUUGGGGCUUUGGUUGUUGUCUUCAACUGGGAAGUGAUGAGAACGUUAAGGAACUUUUCUUUAUUCUCUCACAUGAUUACUGUUUGAUGAAUCCUGCGAAGAUGAUAAAAUGCAUUUUCCUUGCUGAGUUCCACCACGAACUAGGCCCUAUUAUUAGUCAACAGGUUCCUGAGGAAUAUGUGUCAAAAGAAAUGUUUGAUGCCAUUCAGAACUUCAUCAUCACAAAGCCGGAGCUUCAAAACAGGCUCAUUACUAUGACUUCUUUUGGCAACAAGUUUGUAGGCUGUCCAAUUUCUAUUGACAAUGACAAGUACAAAAGAAAUGCCUUAAUAUUCAAUGUCUGCUUCACUUUUGACGAGGAUACUAAUACUGCUCACUAUGGCCCGGUUGUGAAAAAGUUAGCGGACUACAUGACACAAUUGGAGCUGAGUCUUGCACAGUUCAUUUAAAGCUUGCGACUACCAUCCAUGAGCCUAUUGCUGUAGGGGACCACGAUGUGCCCAUCCUCACUGUGCCCAAGGACGUAGUUAUGAGACACCAGUGGGACCUCACCACCCAGCAGAUGCUGCAUUACAUUGAUGGAAUGUCUCAUGUCAUGAAAAUUGCUGCUGAGGCGGAUGUGGAGUUGAACCUAGUCAAAGCUAAUCUUCAGAAUCUGCUGUACUACAAGUUCCUCAAAUUGGUGCCCAUAUUUCAGUAUUCAAAUGUUUAUUGUGUGACCCGGCAAAUCAACAAGUUGAUGGAACACACACACCUGCAGCAAGAGUGCCUUAAGUUUGUCGCCAAGUCGGAACGUAACCUUCCAGAGUUUAGGGACGUGUUCAUGCUCUACUGCCAGUUUACACCCGGCACCACUGUGAAAGACAUCUGCACAAGACAGUCAAACCCACAUAACCUACGAGUUGAUGAAAGGAAGUUGGUGCAAUUUGGAGUAAUGAAAGGGUUGAUGAGGCGCAUGCACCAGUACCCGGUGGUCCUUCCCGGCCAGCCCUCCACCUCCAGGGUGCAGCCUAUUCUGAAGUGGCUGGAUGGACGAUAUAACUUUGACCAGAUAUGUUGUGAAACAGGUCUGAGCCAUCAUGAACUUCAAGAAAAGAUUGAUGCGGAUUCCAGUAUCGUAACGUGUUGGAAAUGACCUCAUACUUCGCUGUGAAGAGAAGAAUACUGCUCAGUAUUAUUUUGGACUUCAGUCGUAGCAGCAACGCUGGUCGCGUCAAGUCUUGCUUCUAAUAUGUUGCUGUUCCCACUCUCUCUCUAUUUCAAUAACAAAGUGGAAGAAACAAAAACCAAAGGAGAGAAUACCCAUCACUUGAAGUCAUGACCUGUACUGGUCAGUGUCAUGUUUGUGUAGGAGUAUAACAGUAAGUCUACUUUGAGAGAACUGGAGACUAAACAUAAUUGGAUCUUAUCAAAAUGCUGCGGGGUGCAAGUAAUAAACAAAGCAUGGUAUGCUGACCUACCCAGAGACUAGGACGUGGCCAGUUACCCUGAACUUUUCUCAUUUUUCUCUAUUUUUUUAAAAAUGUUGCUUGUCCAGUAAAAUUGAUAUGCUUGGGGGGAGUGCAUUUUGUAGAGCUAUUGCUAGUUUCUCUUUAUCACUGUUUGCCUUGUCAUCGAAAAUGAAGUAAGCCUCUUAGUGUCUGUUUCCAAACAUGGAUAGCUUAAUGAUCUGGUUUGAAUACGAGUUUCCAUCUCUCUUCGCAAUGGUCAAUUGAUGUGUCUCUACAUCUGGUGUUGAUAAAAACUUACUACUGGUACCUGUCAAGGAAGUGCUCUUGCAAUAUAUCUUUGUAAUGUUUGCUGUUGUGACAGGCACAAAUAACUUAUACUACAACAAUGUGGCAGACACAACUGGCUUUGGGUCUGAUCGGAUACUUUUAUAUAUAGAUGAUCAAUGUUCCCUUAUACUUAUUUGAGUACAGAUGGUUUUUCAAGAAGAGACAUUCAAGUGCAGUCAAACCUCAUUAUACCGCCACCCAUUGGGUAAACAUAAAGAUGGCGGAACAGCGGGGCUGGUGGGUCAACAGGGUUCCUCUGUCAUAUAGCCCCGACUACCCAACGUAAAGGAACAUGAUUCUGCAGUGCAGUCUGUGUUUGAGAAAUGUCUUUUUUACGGUGAUAUACAUGUACAUGCACAUGUAUUCAGAGCUUAGAAGAGUCUUCUCUCUCUCCCUCUCUCUCUCUUUUUCUUGUGGGGGAAAGAUUAUCAAGUAACCAACCAAUGGGUGUUGCAGACCUGCCAACUUCUCUGAUUUUAUCUUUACUGCUCUGAUAUUUUUAUCAUUUUGAAUGAAUCCGAUGGAAUAUGUGAAACUCCUAUUUUUUUCCCAAGCCGAGAAAACUCGGCCUAAUGGAUGUCUCGUCGAUUCUGAAAAUGGGUCUGGAAAACCCUUAACCUGUCGCCUGCUCACGCUGUUGAUCUACAGCACACAACACGUGAACCGAGUAACGCGCCCGCUGUAGAUCUACGACACACAGCCCGGAGCGGGGACCGCCCACACUGUUUAAUUAUGUACGCAGAUGGCCUCGGCAUCAACAAUGCAGACAGUACCACCCAUCACCGUGCCGUCCUGUGUGUGAAACUGAAAGGGAGGGGAGAGGGUGGCGAGACAAGGCGAGUGGGGAGUUGAUCAGGGCCUGCCUAGGCCUGGGUCGUCUCCCUACCUUCCUUCACCACCUGCACCUGCACACCAGGGCAAGCCUAGUUUCUAAGUUUAGAUCCCCGCAACGACCGGUCUUCCCGCUAAACGAGUUGCUCGUUCUGUGGGGCGAGAAGAGAAAUCUCGGCCACGGCCGGCCUUCUCGCUGAACGAGCGGCUCGAAAAGAGAAAUUGGUCUCGAGACGAGAAGCAUUGCUCGAGACACGAGAUGGGAAGAAUUUCUUGUUCCCGGGACCGGCCUCAGCGAGAAGUAGGUCAGCUUCUUGGUCUUCUCGCUCGGGAAAGAAAAAGCUCUUCCCGCCCGUCUCUACUGGUAGGGGUUGGCAGGUCUAGUGUAGUGCACUGUGUGCAGCGUGUACCCCUGACGGUCAGUUCACUGGUGGUAUGGCGGGGCAAAUUUACAGAAGUUAAAUUAAGGACUGUAUAAUGUACAACUCGGAUUGUUGGCAGUGUGAAGGCGCAAAUAUGUUUAUACAGUACACUGGCAAAACCUGGCGGCGGUAAGCGGGGCUGGCGGUAUAAUGGGGGUGUGGGGAGAGGGUUACAACGAGGUUUGACUGUAUGUUUGCAGUUUUUUAAUAUAGUUGUCGAGUAUGAGUUUAGUAUCGAAUAGUAUUCAGAGAGUACCCUUGUCCCCACCUGGCCUGUCUUGAACAGGAGUUAAAAAGAUAGGUCACAACUUGGAUAUAUUAACUAACUCCUGCCACGCAUUGUGCCCAAAUUGCUUAAUCUAUCAAUGAAAUUUCACACUGGCAUCUGUGGUGUAGUGGUUGGGUGCUGGUGCUUGGCUGUGGCAUGCAGGAAAUCUGAGUUUGAUUCGCGAGUGGAAAGAAAAUUAUGGAGUGUCUCGGUCUUUCUGCUGGGAUCUUGCAUCCCUUUCAGCUCUGCUGUGUAAGCUGACAAAAUGCCUUAAAAACAAUUUUGGCACCAAUUUAUUUAAUUUGCUACCUGGCAAGCCUGAUCAGUUACCGUACUUGUGUGAAAAAAUCGAAGUGAAAUUGUGACUAGUUUCAGGAUAAAUUAGAAUUACAAUUUCAGAGAACGCCUUAUUCAGAUGGUUACUCUGACAAAAAGCCUCUUUAUCUGGAAACUGCUGUGAAUAAAAAAGGCUUUUUGUCAGUGUACAGUAGACUUAAGGUUUGGUCCUGACAAGCAGGGUCGGAAGCUCACCUCCUAAAUGUGUUAAUACGGACAAAAAACCAUACCUGCAUUAAAAAGAAUUCAUAUUUGAAUUUUCACCAGUGUAAAGAUGAUAAAUCAAUUUAUAAGCUGUUGUCAGAUAGAUUUGACCUUAUAUGAUUUAUUGGAAUGUGAAAGGGAAGGGAAAUUUGGGGGUAGAGAAAACAAACACAGGAAAGGUCAUUCUAAGAACAGCACAUCAUUCCAGUUGAUUGAACUUGAUGCAAUAGAUGACGGUCAGUCAUCAAUAUUGUACAUUAAGAAUAAAAGGAGAUUUAGUUUAUAUGUACAUUUCAAUAAAGCUGUAAUAAUUUGAUGUCUAUGCAAAUUAAUGAGAAGCUAAUAAAUCUUUUCAUAAUCAUGUAUGAAUUUUGCUAUACGUGUUUUAAAUGUGUAGGGCCUACAUUUGUACACGUGGAAUAAAUUCAGGACCUGAAAAUGUAUUCACUA